UGAAACCAGGUGGGCUUGGCAGCUGCCAUAGCUUAGCUAUACCUUCUCUCGAAUGGCUAUACCACCAUUUUCGGGUAGCAAUUUCAUUUCCGCUGUAGCUUUACCUGUACCUGUUCGUCCCUUCUCUCUCUCUCUCACCAUUUUUGGGGUUUUAGGCUUUGAUUUCUCUGUCUGCCUGAUACCGUACCUUCCUAUGCAUUAAGUUCCUAUUCGUAUGUAUGGUCUUUGCUAUGCAUUCACUCUGAUAUGUAUCGCAGUCUCGGCGUUAACCGCCUCAUAUUCCGCAGUCGCAUAGUUUACUACGUGAAAACUGGUCUAAUCGAUCAAGCUCUCCAAGUGUUCGACGAAAUGACCCGCUCCGAUUGCCGCGUAUUUAGCAUUGACUACAAUCGCUUCAUCGGAGUAUUGGUCCGCCAUUCGCGUUACGAUCUCGCCGAGCACUACUACUACGAAAUGGUGCCACAGGGCUUCUCUUUAAGCGCAUUUACUUACUCUAGGUUCAUUUCUGGGCUGUGCAAGAUCAGAAAUUUCACUCUCAUUGAAAAACUUAUUCGAGACAUGGAUAGGCUUGGGGCUGUGCCUGACAUUUGGGCUUUCAAUAUAUAUUUGAAUCUUCUGUGCCAAGAAAAUAGGGCACAUUUUGCUCUGGAAGUGUUCCAUAGGAUGGUUGAUAAAGGAAGAGAGCCUGAUGUUGUAUCAUAUACUAUACUUAUUGAUGGGUUGUGUAAAGCUAGACAAUUUGAUAAGGCAGUUGAUAUUUGGACUAGUAUGAUUAGGAAAGGGUUCAAGCCCGAUAAUAUUGCGUGUACAGCGCUUGUUGUUGGAUUGUGUGAUGGUGGGAAGGUUGAUUUGGCAUAUAACCUUGUAAUAGGUGAAAUGAAGGGUCAAGUCAAGUUUAGUAAUUUGAUAUAUAAUACGUUGAUUAAUGGGUUUUGUCGAGCUGGUAGAAUUGAUAAGGCACAGGCAAUCAAGUCAUUUAUGAAGAGGAAUGGGUGCGAGUCGGAUUUGGUUACUCACAAUGUGUUAUUGAAUUAUUGUUGUAAUGAGUUCAUGUUGGAGGAGGCUGAGAAGUUGAUGAAGAAAAUGGAGAGGAGUGGUAUGGAACCUGACGUGCAUAGUUACAAUCAGCUUCUCAAGGGCCUUUGUCAAGCUAAUAGAGCGGAUAAGGCAUAUUUGUUGAUGAGGACUAGAAUGGAGCCAAAGGGGCUGUGUAAUGUUGUGUCAUAUAAUACCAUCAUCACAGCAUUUUGCAGGGCACACCGUACUGGAAGGGCUUAUAAACUGUUUGAGGAAAUGGGUCAAAAGGGCACCAUGCCAGACGUGGUGACGUUCACUAUUCUUAUAGAAGCUUUUUUAAGAGAAGGUAGUUCAGAUAUAGCCAAUAAGCUUCUUGAUCAGAUGACAGUUAUGGGUCUGUUGCCUGACCGGAUAUUUUACACUACAAUAGUUGAUCACCUAUGUAAGAGUGGGAAGAUUGCAAUGGCUUAUAGUGUUUUCAGUGAUAUGUUAGAGAAGGGCAUCGCCCCUGAUGCUGUUUCAUUUAAUGCUCUUAUUAAUGGGCUUUGCAAGGCUUCUAGAGUGAGUGAAGCUAUGCAUCUCUAUGAGGAAAUGCAGAAUCGAGGAUGUUGUCCUGAUGAGGUAACUUUUAAAUUGAUAAUUGGAGGUCUCAUAAGGGAAAAUAAGCUUUCAGUGGCUUGUAGGGUAUGGGAUCAGAUGAUGGAGAAGGGCUUUACUCUUGAUGGAGCUGUCUCUGAGAGACUGGUUAAUGCCAUCCAUUCAAAAGAUGGCAUGAAAAUGCAAAAUGAGUCCAUUGUUAGAGGCACUUGUUAGUUGACGGUUACACCUCAUCAAGCCUGGUCUUGUUUCUAUCUUGUGCCCUUUCUGGCAAGCUGCAAAAGAACUCAGGAUUGGACCUUGGAUUUUUUUGAGCCAGAUGUUUUUCAGAGCUUUAUGCUUAUCCUUGUACGAUUUGUCUCCCUAAAUUGACACAUUCUUUCUCCUUACAAUGAACAGUAGGUAUGAGGUAAUGUGAGUGGGUUUGCAAGAACCAGACUACUUCAUGGUAAUUGGUUACCUUGAUUCUCUUCUCGGAGCACAUUGUUAUUGGUUGGUUCAUCCUUGUUAAUCUCUCCAAAUUCGUCUAAGGAAAAUAAACAAAAGAGACACCUUAUGAAGAUUUCAGAACUACAUAGUGAUGUGGAUGCACAAUGACCAUUCUUGGGAUUAUAGCUGACAUGCAGAGGCUGCAGAUCCAUUUUGAGAACGUUAGCGUGAGAACACUAUUGAUCAAAUUUGGGCAUGGGUAUGGCUUCUUAUGUGAUAUGCAGUGAGUGCCACCUACUGCAACUAUUCCCUCCUUUUUUUGUGUUCCUCUUUGGAGGGAGGUGUGGAGGUUAGGUGUGGUCUACUGAGGCAGAAUUAUGAAUGAGGCCAUUGUAUUCUUCCUUUGUAUGUAGGGAUUGACAAGAAAGAGCUGCUAAAUUUUAUGGCCAUGUCCUGCUCUGAAUAAAAGCGGAUUAAAGCAUAGAAGCUCGGGUUUCCUUUGCCAAGCUGGAGUGUCGAGGAUGGAAGAAAGUGGAGAGAACUUACAAGUUCUAACGAAUGACUAUUAAUUAUUACAAUAGACUAUUAAUUAUUACAAUCAUAAUGGAAGUGCUGACAAGUUGCUUUUUCAAUACUUGUGGCAUUUUUGUAGCUCGACUCUGAAUCACAAUACAUCUUCUCUGAACGAGUGAAGAUGUUCUGUGGUCAUAAACAAUUUAACAUUGAGUUGUUUAUUGACAAAGAGAAGCAGGAUUUUAGUGGUUA